AUGGGCUUGCCGUUAUUUCAGUACAUUGGAUAUUAUCCGAAACGCUCAACACGUGUGCUCCUUUGGUUCUCCUAUAUUUUUGGCUUCAUAUCGUGGUUGUGCCUGCUGAAACCUCUUACCGAUUCGAAGCUUUAUCACUGA